AUGUGCACAGACAGACUUCGCAGAAAUGGUGUUACAGUGUACAGUUCUCGUGUUGAAAGCCAAUUAAACACUGGUCACCUGUGUGGUUCAGCAACACGGUCCAGUCGAGAUGUGACGUGGAUAGCAUGUGACGACACAGCUAGAUACAUCACACUCUACCAACAUACAAACAACCACCCAAACUAUUGGCAGGAGAGUGACACGGCGAUGAAUUUCUGUGAAGUCCAAGUAUUUGUCUGUGAUGCUGGCACCUUUGGUAAUGGCUGCAACACGUUCUGUCACUGUCGAGAUGGGCCGUGUAACUAUGCAACUGGAAAAUGCACAGGAGGAUGUAAACCAAACUGGAGUGGGGAGACGUGUAGUGUGUGUGAUUCUAAACACUAUGGUCCUCUGUGUGAGAAAUCGUGCUCCAGCAGACACUGUGAUGAAUCACGUGGUAAAUCGUCAUGUGAUGAACAGACUGGAACAUGUGAUAACGGAUGCACAGCAGGAUGGGUGGGAAAAGACUGUUUAAAAGUGUGUGUUUCUGAUCACUAUGGUUCUCUGUGUGACAAGUCGUGCUCCAGUAGACACUGUAACAAAUCAAACGGUAAUUCAUGUGAUAAAUUGACUGGGAAAUGUGACAACGGAUGUACACCAGGAUGGAUGGAAGAAGACUGUACAAAAAAAUGUUCAGAAUUUACAUACGGAUUACAAUGUGCAAACAACUGUAGUCAGCGAAUGUGUCUUGGAAACUCGGAAUGUGAUCACGUGACUGGGAAGUGUUAUCAAGGCUGUGAUCGAGGAUACCAGGGUGAAGAUUGUACAACGAUAUGUCUGCCUGGAAGGUACGGUUACAACUGUAACACGUCCUGUGAGAAGAGGGGAUGUGCUGCAAAGUCGGCUUGUGACAGAUUUAAUGGAACAUGUGAACGUGGCUGCUUGAAAGGCUGGGAGUUACCGGACUGUAUCACUGAAUGUCGACAAAAUACGUUUGGACCCAGCUGCUUGUUCAACUGUACUGAACGACACUGUAAGGGAGACAACUCGAGCUGUGAUGUUCAAGAUGGGGUUUGUCAAGAUGGCUGUCAGCCAGGCUGGACGAAUGCAAAUUGCACUGAAAAAUGUGACGAGAGUUCGUAUGGUUCAGGUUGUGUAUAUAAAUGUAACAAAAGACAUUGCCAGAAUACAUCAGCCAGCUGUAAUCGUCUUGACGGAUCGUGUGGAGGAGAGUGUGAGAACAAAUACAGAGGAACCGACUGUACAGAGUGUGAUGUUGGACAGUAUGGCCCAGAAUGCAAUUCCUCGUGCAGUGCCAGACACUGUGAAGCUAAUGAUGAAUCAUGUGAUCACGUGACUGGUUUAUGUAGUGGACCAUGUGAAGCUGGUUGGCAAGGAGACGACUGCACUCUCAGCAUUGCACAAACUGAUCUGACUGAUGAAAAUCCAGGACCAAUUAUCGGUGGGGUCAUUGGUACCGCUGUGGUUGUCGUUGUCGUGGUCGUCAUCAUCAUCUUUGUAUUUCUUAGGAGAACGAAACAGGCAAAAGACGAUACCAAAGCUGGCGAACCAAUCGUACCAGAAAACAAACCAUCGACAAAAGAAGGAAAACACUAUGCACCUGACGUCUCUAUCUACGUUAAUGUUGAACUAUCCUCAACAAAUUCUGCCAAAAGGUUUGAGGUAAAUGAAACCUUUGCCAGUGAUGUAGUACCAGCCGUAAACACUGGUGAUGUAGCACUAGUGGUUGAUCAAGAAGAGUCAGAAGUCCAACAGCCUGACGAAGAUGAGGAGGACAUCCAGGAUCCUAACACGUACUACAAUGAUGUCCAACCGGCAGCUCCUUCCUUCAGUCUGCCAGAAGAAGGUUUUGACGUCACAGAACUUGAAGCUAUCAUAGAGUGCAUCAGGAAUCAGCCUGGAGGAUUUCAAGCAGAAUAUGUUAAACUUCCAAGUGGGUUCAGUCAUCCGUACAAUGAUUCCCAGAUACCAGAAAACAGGUGCAAGAACAGAUACGCUGGUUACUACCCAUAUGACAACAAUCGUGUCAAACUAUCAACACUGCCAAACACUCCGCAUUCUGACUACAUCAACGCGAGUUACGUGGAUGCAUAUGAAAAGCCGAAUUUUUUCAUCGCACUCAAGGUUCGUAUUUAG